AUGACGAUCGGUGAUAAGCAAAAAUGGACCGCUUCUAAUGUCCGUAAUACCUUUUUAGACUAUUUCAAGUCCAAAGAACACAAGUUUGUCAAAUCCUCUCCAGUCGUUCCAUUUGAUGAUCCAACUUUACUUUUCGCUAACGCCGGUAUGAACCAAUAUAAACCUAUCUUUUUAGGUACCGUCGAUCCAGCUUCCGAUUUCUACACCUUGAAAAGGGCUUUCAACUCUCAAAAGUGUAUCAGAGCCGGCGGUAAACAUAACGAUUUAGAAGAUGUUGGUAAAGAUUCCUAUCAUCAUACCUUUUUUGAAAUGCUGGGUAACUGGUCGUUUGGUGACUAUUUCAAGAAGGAAGCGAUUACCUACUCGUGGACUCUGUUGACUGAAGUUUACGGUAUUCCAAAGGAUAGAUUAUACGUUACUUACUUCGAAGGUGAUGAAAAAUUGGGCUUGGAACCUGACACCGAAGCCCGCGAAUUAUGGAAAAAUGUUGGUGUUCCCGAUGACCAUAUAUUACCUGGUAAUGCAAAGGACAACUUUUGGGAAAUGGGUGACCAAGGUCCAUGUGGUCCCUGUUCUGAAAUCCACUACGAUAGAAUAGGUGGUAGAAAUGCCGCUUCUUUGGUUAACAUGGACGAUCCUGAUGUCUUGGAAGUCUGGAAUUUGGUUUUUAUUCAAUUUAACAGAGAACAAGACGGUUCUUUGAAGCCAUUACCUGCCAAGCAUAUUGAUACAGGUAUGGGGUUCGAAAGAUUGGUUUCUGUCCUGCAAGAUGUUAGAUCUAACUACGAUACCGAUGUCUUUACACCUUUAUUCGAACGUAUCCAAGAAAUAACUUCAGUUAGACCAUAUUCUGGCAAUUUUGGUGAAAACGAUAAGGACGGUAUCGAUACCGCUUACAGAGUUCUAGCUGAUCAUGUCCGUACAUUAACUUUUGCCUUGGCUGAUGGUGGUGUUCCAAACAAUGAAGGUAGAGGAUAUGUCUUGAGACGUAUUCUAAGAAGAGGUGCCCGUUACGCUCGUAAAUACAUGAAUUACCCAAUCGGUAACUUUUUCUCUACUUUGGCCCCAACUUUGAUUUCUCAGGUUCAAGACAUCUUUCCCGAAUUAGCUAAGGAUCCUGCAUUCCUCUUUGAAAUCUUGGAUGAAGAAGAAGCUUCUUUCGCCAAAACCUUGGACCGUGGUGAAAGGCUAUUUGAAAAAUAUGCUUCAGCUGCUUCUAAGACUGAAUCUAGGACAUUAGACGGUAAGCAGGUUUGGAGGCUAUACGACACUUAUGGUUUCCCAGUCGACUUGACUGAAUUGAUGGCUGAAGAACAAGGCUUAAAGAUCGAUGGCCCAGGUUUCGAGAAAGCCAAGCAAGAAUCAUACGAAGCAUCCAAAAGAGGUGGCAAGAAGGAUCAAAGUGAUUUGAUUAAACUAAACGUUCAUGAAUUAUCCGAGUUAAACGACGCCAAAGUGCCCAAGACUAACGAUGAAUUCAAAUACGGUAGUGCCAACGUCGAGAGUACUAUUUUGAAACUGCACGACGGUACCAAGUUUGUAGAUGAGAUCACCGAACCAGGUAAAAAGUACGGUAUUAUUUUAGAUAAGACAUGUUUCUACGCCGAACAGGGUGGUCAAGAAUAUGACACUGGUAAAAUUGUUAUUGAUGAUGUUGCCGAAUUUAAUGUUGAAAACGUUCAAUUGUAUAACGGUUUCGUUUUUCACACUGGGUCUUUAGAAGAAGGUAAGUUGUCUAUUGGCGACAAGAUUAUCGCUUCAUUUGAUGAACUACGUCGUUUCCCUAUUAAGAACAACCACACUGGUACACAUAUCUUAAAUUUUGCCUUGAAGGAAACUUUGGGUAAUGAUGUCGAUCAGAAGGGUUCUUUGGUUGCUCCAGAAAAACUGAGAUUCGAUUUCUCUCACAAAAAGGCAGUAACAAACGAUGAAUUGAAGAAGGUUGAAGAUAUUUGUAACGAGCAAAUCAAAGAAAACUUGCAAGUGUUUUACAAGGAAAUUCCAUUGGACUUGGCUAAAUCCAUCGAUGGUGUUCGUGCUGUCUUUGGUGAGACUUAUCCAGACCCAGUUCGUGUAGUUUCUGUUGGUAAGCCAAUCGAAGAAUUAUUGGCCAACCCAGCUAACGAAGAAUGGACCAAAUACUCUAUCGAAUUUUGCGGUGGUACCCAUGUCAAUAAGACCGGUGAUAUCAAAUACUUCGUCAUUUUAGAAGAAAGUGGUAUUGCAAAGGGUAUCAGAAGAAUUGUUGCUGUUACGGGAACUGAAGCCUUUGAAGCCCAAAGAUUGGCUGAACAAUUUGCUGCCGAUUUGGAUGCUGCAGACAAGCUGCCGUUCUCUCCAAUAAAAGAAAAGAAAUUGAAGGAACUUGGCGUUAAACUCGGUCAACUUUCAAUUUCUGUUAUCACAAAGAAUGAACUAAAGCAAAAAUUCAACAAAAUUGAAAAAGCUGUAAAGGAUGAAGUUAAGUCAAGAGCCAAAAAGGAAAACAAACAAACUUUGGAUGAAGUGAAGACCUUUUUCGAAACCAAUGAGAGUGCCCCAUAUUUAGUCAAAUUCAUUGAUAUUUCUCCAAAUGCCAAAGCUAUUACUGAAGCCAUCAACUACAUGAAAUCCAAUGAUGGUGUCAAGGACAAGUCAAUCUAUUUAUUAGCAGGUAAUGACCCUGAAGGUCGUGUUGCUCACGGUUGUUACAUCUCCAAUGCUGCUUUGGCUAAGGGUAUUGAUGGUUCAGAACUUGCCAAAAAGGUAUCCAGUAUCAUUGGUGGUAAAGCUGGUGGUAAAGGUAAUGUUUUCCAAGGUAUGGGUGAUAAGCCAGUCGCUAUAAAGGAUGCAGUUGAUGAUUUAGAAAGCUUGUUCAAGGAGAAGCUUUCCAUUUAA